GAUGGACUGAGGGAGGGCGCUCUUCAGACCAGCGCUCCCGAUAGCAUUGCUAUAUAGCAACAGACGAUUUCAGGUCGUCGAAUCACAAGAAAACAUAGUGCCGUUAUCAAGUCUUUCACAUCCCACUCUAAACACACUAACACGGCAUUGAUGGUAAUGUAUGCAAGGAAACAACCGAGACUCGGCGAUGGGUGCGACCGAAGAGAUUCUCAGCCCUAUCAGACUCUCAAAUAUUCGUCCAAAAGCCAUCCAGGAGGGGAACAUCGUCACGAGAAGACACGCGACCCCACUGAUGUCACUCCCCCCUGCAAAAUGCUCAGGAGGUCUGACAGCCCAGAGAGCAAACACGCGGACGGCACAGGCCACAGCAGAGCAAAAGCUGUCCACACACACCACGUCAGAGAAAGGGAUGGAGGACCGAGUUAUUCUCCACAAGAAAAUUCCCACAACCACAGUUCCCUCCAUAGCUCCAACUCACAUUCUAACCCCAACAAGACCUCAGACACACCCUAUGAGCCUGGUGACGACUGGUCAGAGCACAUCAGCUCCUCUGGAAAGAAAUACUAUUACAACUGCAGGACAGAGGUGUCCCAGUGGGAGAAGCCCAAAGAAUGGCUGGAGAGAGAACAGAGGCAAAAGGAGGCAACAAAGACGGCUGUUGUCAACAGUUUCCCAAAGGACAGGGACUACAGAAGGGAGGCCAUGCAAGCAACAGCAGCCCCUGGCUUUGUUGGACCUAAGUCAACUCAGGUGGAAAAGCCCACAGCAGCUCUCCCAAGCCAGUCCCAGUCGUCGUCCUCGGCUGCGGGGAACUUGAACCCUUCAUCGGGGCCACCAGGAUCAUCAGCUUCCACCGUGCCUGUCUCCCCAGUCCUUCAGUCCCCAACUACCCCAAUCCUUCAGGACCCCAACCUGCUUCGCCAGCUUCUCCCAGCACUUCAGACGGCUCUGCAGCUCAACAACGCCAGCGUAGACGUGGCAAAAAUCAAUGAAGUUCUCACAGCUGCUGUCACACAAGCUUCAUUACAGUCGAUGCUCCAUAAGAUCCUCACUGCUGGACCGUCGGCUUUCAACAUAACUACUAUCCUCUCUCAAGCUGCCCAACUCUCCAGCCAAGCUCAACAAUCAAAUCAGUCACCAAUGUCUUUAACAUCAGACGCCUCGUCGCCAAGAUCUUACGUCUCACCAAGGAUCAGCACGCCGCAGACCAAUGUGGGCCCCUUAAAGCCCCACCUUAGUGCACAGCCCGUCAUCUCACAGCCAAAAGUGAGCACGCCAGCAGUGAUGCAGCCGCCUCAUUCCCAACCCACAUCUCAGCAGUCUCUCUCGAGCGAGAAGCCACACGGUCACGAUGCCACCACGGCCUCCCCACGCAUGCUUCAGCGCCAGGGCAGUCAGAGGAGUCCCUCUCCAGGACCCAACCAUGUCAGCUCCAGCAGCAACGCCUCCAACUCUGCCUCGGCUCCCCCCAGCGCCCCCGCAGCCCGGCCCUCCUGCUCCUUCACCCCCACACUGGCCACCCACUUUAAUGAGAACCUUAUCAAACAUGUGCAGGGAUGGCCUGCAGAACAUGCAGAGAAACAGGCGUCCAGACUACGUGAAGAGGCUCACAGCAUGGGCAGCAUCUGCAUGUCUGAGAACUGCACUGAGCUCAAAAAUCUGCGCUCUUUGGUCAGAGUCUGUGAAAUACAAGCUACACUGCGGGAGCAGAGGAUAUUGUUUUUGAGACAGCAAAUUAAAGAACUUGAAAAGUUGAAGAAUCAAAAUUCCUUCAUGGUCUGAGAACUUUGGGUCGAGAGCUGGAGUUUGUCUUGGGAUGGAAAGAGGGGGUGGGGAAACCCAUUGCACAUAGUUGAAAGAUGGAAACAGAGCAGAUGUUUGGUUCCUCUUGAACCCAGUCUUAACACAUACAUAAAAACACACAGACACACACUCAGAGGAGUUUGAGUGGGGUUGAAUUGGACCGUAGGGCUGGGAGACCAGAGGGGGAGAAACGAGGAGCUGUUUUAGGGAGAGCAGCGGGAGGUGGAGGAGGGUUGAUUUACAAGACUCGGUUUUGUAAAAUCCCAUGGUGGAAAAAAUGUAGAUUUCUUGUAGAUGUUAAUAUCUAUGUUGUAAAUAUGUUUUGUAGAUUGAAGCCAUGGAAAGCCAUGCCUAUCAAAGCUUUGGACAUCCAGACUAAUCAACGCCUAGGCGUCUACAGUCCAUGUUAACUCAUCUGCAGACUUCAAGCUUCAUUUUGUCACUUCACAGAUCACUGAACCAUUGAGUCAGCCAGCGUAUGGCCUGCAGGCUGACUAGGUGUUUGAAGCAUGGAAUAAACCAGAACAGUCUGUUAGUAGUUCUUCAGAUCUCGAUUAACUAUUGUGUCUAGGUUUUAUUCCUUCCAUUCUCUCUGAAAGGGGGGGGGGCACUGUAAUGUGUAGGCGUGGCAAACAUCCCCUCUCUUCAGGUCUGUCCUACCUGCUCACAAUAGUUCAGUGAUCUGUCAGCAGCUUCUGGUGGCCCUGCAUUACCCAGUCUGAAAAAAAAUCAGUGCCUGGUGGUUGGUGAAGUGAGUGUUUUGUUUUGGUUUUUUUUUUUUAAAUACAAAAAAAAUCCAUUGUGGGAUGUUAUGGCGUGCUGCUUUGGACCAUUCCCGGUAACCUCCCCCCUGGCUUCCUGACCCACCCGCCCGCCACGCCUCUAUUCUGACAACAUCUCACAUUUCUGUGUUGUGCUAUAUUUUGUUCUCCUUUGGGUUCCUACUGUCUAUGUUCCUCUCUUUCCCCUCUUUGACUUCUCAAGUUGAGGUUGUACCUCUUGUUUUCAUUCCUUUGUACAGUUGCUAACAUACCAGUGGAGUUUUAAGAGAGACAGAAUAAAAAAGGUUUUAUUUAUAAGAGUUGUAGUGAUGAGCAGUAAAUCACGAUAGCCACACAUUUUCACCAGCGGCCAGUUGAGGAAUGGUAGUACGGCUUCAGCAGGUCCAAGGUGGGUGCAUGUGGAGCACCUCUACAGUCAGCGCGGGGCAACAAGAGGUCAAAGCUCAAAUGUGAAAUGUAUGUAUUGUAAUAAACAUGUUAAACUAAA